AUGGCGCCUUUCGAGUUCAAUUCCACUACCCAUUUUGUCGCUUCAUCGGAAUCUACCACGAUCGACGUCUACGAGCUGACUCCGUCAACAACUUCCCCGUCUUCAGCUGUCAGAACCACCGACUGGAAAAUCAUCGCGACCGUCGCAGCCACUAGUCACCACCAGCAGGAGAAUCAAUACGACGCCUUAAAGUUGUUCGAAGAGGAGAUCACGGGUCGGGACCUGAGCAAUCUGGCAGAGGACCUUUCGCAGUCCCAUUUCUACGUCAACCCACUUGGCAAUUGCUUAAUAGACGUCUCCGCCGGCGACGGCGAGUUCGUCGAUCCGGCGUUUGGGGUACAGUUCUUCAGACUAAACGACACAUUCAACUGGUCUCAAUACGGUGCCGUUAACCCCCCUCCGUCGUCCACAGUCGGCAAUCUGUGGGACACCCGCCACGGGUUCCCCCAUCGCAGCGGCGAGAAGAGCGAGGCGAUCGUCGAUUACAAGAAGCAAUUGAACGAGAACGAGAAAUUGGGGAAAUUGAAGACUCAAUUUAGAUCGAAUACCCUAGAUCUGGAAUCGGCGAAGAGGGAUCUGGAGAAGUACUGCAAGUGGUGCUACGAUUUCACGUACAGGUGA